AUGCGUCUGUCUUCUCUUUCUCUUGUCCUUCAAACAUUUUUUAGUCUCGCUGCAGCAGAAUACAUUGAUUGGAAAACCUAUGAAGCAAAUGGUGUGAAUCUGGGCGGAUGGCUUUGCCAGGAAUCCACCAUCGAUACGACAUGGUGGGCCCAGUAUUCCAAAGGAGCACCAGAUGAAUGGGGGCUCUGUGCCAACCAGGGAUCUCUCUGUGGCUCCGUCCUUGAGAAAAGAUAUGCAACAUAUAUCACUACCGCUGAUAUCGAUAAACUUCAUACUGCUGGAAUCAACACCCUGCGCAUUCCAACCACCUACGCCGCAUGGAUCAAGGUGCCAGGAUCACAGCUCUACUCCGGAAAUCAGGUCGACUUCUUGAAGAAUAUUGCUACCUAUGCUAUCACCAAAUAUGGCAUGCAUGUAAUCAUUGACGUACACUCGCUACCUGGCGGAGUCAAUGGAAUGCCAUUUGGAGAAGCUGAAGGACACUUUGGCUGGUUCAACAACCAGACUGCCUUUGACUAUUCACUCAAGGCAAUUGAUGCUGUCCUAUCCUAUGUCCAGGAUUCUGAUCAUCCAGACUCAUACACAAUUGCCCCAAUCAAUGAACCAGUGGACAACGAAGAUUUGUCAACCUUCGGUACUCCAGCCGCUCUCUCAGAAGACGGAGCAGCCUGGGUUCUGAGAUACAUCCAAGAAGUCCUCUCCAAAGUUGCUGCCGUCAACCCAAAAAUCCCCGUCAUGUUCCAGGGAAGCUUCCGAUCCCCAGAAUACUGGAGUCCCAAGCUUUCUAGCAGCGACAAUGUGGUGUUCGACGUGCAUAACUAUUAUUUCGCCGGUCGAGGAGCCACCGGUGCUAACAUUACGUCCUACAUCUGCGCAGAUGCAGAGAAUGCUGCAGUCGACAGCACUUUCCCUACCUUCGUCGGGGAAUGGUCAAUUCAGGCGGAAUUGGAAAAUACUUUUGCUGGACGACAGAAGGCAUUGAACACUGGUCUGUUUGCAUUUGCUAAAUAUUCUCGUGGGAGUUCUUACUGGACGGCCAAGUUCUCGGGCAACGCUACUGUGGAUGGUGAGGGAGACCAGGCUGACUAUUGGAACUACAUGACCUGGAUUGAUCAAGACAUGAUUCAUCCUGAUGAGGGCGAGCGAGUUUGUGCUUAA